GUACAUGACGUGUCUGGUGACUCUGUUUUCAGGUAGAAGAUGGCUCUCACGGGAAUUGGUCUUGCGGUCACAUGGCAGAACCUUGCCCCAAGGAACACUGUAGAGAAAGGGUUCCUCAUUUGGCAACCUCCAAGUUGUUCCUGAGAGCCGUCACCGUCUGGCUGAUCGGCAUCGCCACAGAGGGCGGUCUGUUCCGUGGCACCGGCAUCACCUGCGUGCUUGUGUCCAUCGAGGUCAUCGACUCCUCCAUCCGCCUCCGGCACUCCCAGCGGUCUAGGAUCUGGAGCAUCUUGUACGUGGCAAUGCAGCUUAAUGUGAUCUACAGCAUCCUAAUGAGCAGGCUCGUCCAUGAGAAGGUUGAUGUUGCUGCAUAGCCGGUUGAAGUAUCAGAAGAUCUACAGCUACCUUGUCGGGAAGAGGGCCGGGCAAUGGAGAAGCAGGCAUGGGUUCUUCUACCUCCCCUGAGCUGUAGGUACAGUGGCCAGAGAAGAGGUGGAGCAGCAGGCCAACAUCGAGCACACAACACCUCUGAAUAUCAACAUACAACGGCCAGAGCAGUCUAGUUACAUUUGCAAACCAACGUGGU